UUCUGAUAAAGAGAGACAGAGCAGGAACAUGUGGGGAAACUUUUUCAAAACUGAGCAAAGAUGCCUCAUGCAGCUGCCAUGAAAGACAACCAGAAAAAAGACUGGAGCAUGUUUAUGUUUUCUUUUUGGAGUGAAAAGCUCACACCAGGGACUACAGAAGAGGAAAUAGAAGUAAAACAGCAAACUCAGAGGACUAUUCCUGCAUGUGAGGAAGCAUUAUCAUGCUCUGUGGUGUUGUUUAUAAGCAGUCCACCCACAUAGAAUAUAUUAGUCAUUCGAUUGCCUUCUACCUCAUUCUGCCUUCUAACAGAGUAUCACUUACAUUGAUCUUAAUCUCAUCACAUUUUUCCUGUUUGGUGUUCAAAAGGUAUGAACUACAGCAACACCUCUGAGCCCCCUAGCUGCGGAGGCAGUCCCCGUGGAAACAGCACAGACUUCAGCACUGUAUUCACACGUAGCGCACUCCCAGUGCUCUAUGCUCUGAUCUGCUUUGCUGGUCUAAUCUUAAAUGGGUUGGCAGCAUGGAUCUUCUUCCAAGUACCCAGCAACUCAGGCAUGGUGGUAUACCUGAAGAACAUGGUGGUGGCUGACUUUCUCAUGUUGUUUUCUUUCCCUUGGCGUGUGGCCAAUGACCUAGGCUUAGGUGGAUGGUACCUGAGGCUGGUGGUGUGUCGCUACACAGCUGUGCUCUUCUACUUAGGCAUGUAUACAGGAAUAAUAUUUAUGAGCCUUAUCAGCCUGGAGCGCUAUGUCAAGAUAGUGCAAUCGUCCUCGUGCUCACCUGGGACUUGCUCUUUACGUGCCUACACUUUCCUGCAGCAGGUAAAUGUAGCAAGAUGUUUGAUGAUUCUGUCCUGGGCACUGAUGCUGCUCUGCAUGCUCCCCAACACACUGCUGACCAAUAAGCCUGCAGCAGAGGGUUGCUCCUGUAUGGACUUGAAGAGUGAACUUGGACGACGCUGGCAUGACAUCUCUGUCCACUCGGUUGUGGCCAUCUUCUGGGUGACACUUGUGUUCAUGUCUUUCUGCUAUUCUUCCAUAGCCUGGCAAGUGUACAGCUCCUACCGAAGAGUAAGGCGGGGCAGCAGUAAUGCAAGCCGCAAGUCUAACCAAAGCAUUUUUAGCUUGCUGGCAGUAUUUUUUGUCUGCUUUGUGCCAUAUCAUGUCUGCCGUAUACCAUAUACACUAAGCCAGAGGUUCAACACCAGUCUUAGUACUCAAACCCAGUUUCAUCUCUUCCAGGCCAAAGAGGCCACACUGUUAAUGGCUUCAUUUAAUGUGUGUCUAGACCCCUUAGUCUACUUCCUCAUGUGUAGGACGUUUCGAGAGUUGCUUCUGCAUAAGCUGUCUGCCGCAGAACCUAAUAAUGGGAUCGCCUCAGUUACCAAAAGACUAAGCACCAGCAAUUUGUAAAACAGAAAUGGAAAUACAAAGCGGAACUGAUGAUUGUUGAUGGACACCAGUAGGUGGCUGCAGUGGGUCAAUCACAAAAGGAGCACUUGAGCAGUGUUGUGUAUUCCAGGUCUUGUAUCAUUUUGUAAAACCAGUGUGACCAAAAAAGAGAAGCCAAAAACCAAAGCAUUUAGUCACAAUGUUCAAAAAAAAGACUUCUUCAAUGUCUAUAAACCAUAAUUAUCAGACUGUAUAAUGCAGAGCUUAUAACAACUGAAACAUCUCUGUAACUCAAAAGUUGAUUUUCUAUGGUUAAUAUAAAAUUCACUCCUAACUGUGGUAAUUAAUUGUAAUGAAUGGCCUUGUUUAUCCGUUGUACAUUUGUAUUUGUAAAAACAUUAUUUAUAUUUUAAAUGAUUCCAUAAAUAAAUAUAAGUUGCAUAUUUUGGAUACACCUGCAGUCUUUAUAAAGCUUCAGACCCACUACCCAUGCAACUAAUAAAUCGGAUUUCUGUGUAGUGUUGUUAAAGGUAGUAAACUGCAUCAGAGCCUCACAACAGGGUUCAACCUGAACUCAGGUAACUCUUUGUAUGGAGUUUUGUUCAUGGUAAUUUCUCAGAGUUUUUCUUUUAUGACAGCUUGAUGAUAACAUGUAUCAGAUAAGUCUGCAUUGUACUUCAUUAUAAUUAGCUGCUGGAGACAAAAGGUAUGCCUGCAUAAAAGUACCUAAAGACUGCAAUAAUGUGGUUUCUAAUUAGCAUACAUAUGUACACAGAUGUUUAAUAAACAAUUAGUCAAUACAUCUAAAAAUAAAGUUUCAGUGGAUACUAUACAAAACAAUAGGGCUUGAGGGAGAUACAGUAUUAUUUGUUAUCAUCAGUUGUGAUGAAUGAGCAAGGUGCCAAAUUUGUCUCACAGACAAAUGCACUUCUUUGCAUGGAAACCGAUUUUCCAUCCUUGUUUGUGUUCAUAAAAGGAAGUAGGGGCAAAUAACAAGCAGAUACAUUACAACAACCCUGCUGUGCAUUUCAUGACUGAAGAUGACAGAUAAUGUGCAGGGGUGAGUCUAAUGAUCUGUUAUGCUCUGCAUUAUUAAAACAUGACAUUUUACCACACAGAAACCUCUUAAAUACCAAGAGUUUUGUUGUGUUGUAUUUGCAGAUAAAUGGUUUUGCUAAAUAUUAAAUGCACACAGACAGAGGUGAAAAGUAACUAAUUACAUUUACUCACUUUUCUGUAAUUGAGCAGU